CUUCGGAUUCCAAAUUAGAACGCCGGUCGCUUCGAUCUGACUCCUCCGAUCCCCACGAAUCAUAGGAGCGAUAGGGAUCGAUCGAUAGCUUCCCUCGCCCGAGGAAGACGAUCUUAGCAUUCGAUUCACCCGUGAGCAUUUCGGCGCUAGAUCUGUUUGUUGUUUUACCGGUAGCUGCGUGAGCGUGUUGUGUACGUCUGGGUCGUGGAAUAUGGAGGUUUAGGUCGGAGGGCGGAAGCUUAGGGGACAAAGGGUGGGCAGAGGGUGAACGAAAGAGCGGGGGUGUGCGUGGAGAGAGGGGGGCUGAAUCGAGCGUGGAAGAUGUCGUCGGGGAAGAUGGAAGGCCCUUCGGCACCCGCCGUCCGUCGAGAUCCCUACGAGGUGCUCUCCGUCACGAGAGAAUCGUCUGACCAGGAGAUCAAAUCUGCGUACAGGAAACUCGCCCUCAAGUACCACCCUGAUAAAAACACAAGCAACCCUGAAGCUUCAGAACUUUUCAAAGAAGUUGCAUAUUCUUAUAGCAUCUUGUCGGAUCCAGAGAAAAGAAGGCAAUAUGAUACUGCUGGUUUCGAGGCUUUGGAAAAUGAGAACAUGGAUAUGGAGAUUGACUUGUCCAACCUUGGAACUGUAAAUACCAUGUUUGCGGCACUUUUCAGCAAGCUGGGUGUUCCUAUCAAAACUACCAUUGCUGCUAAUGUUCUGGAAGAAGCUCUAAAUGGAACUGUUACAGUUAGACCACUUCCUCUUGGAACAUCAUCCAAUGGAAAGGUUGAAAAGCAAUGUGCACAUUUCUUUAGCAUUACAAUUAAUGAUCAUCAAGCACAAGCAGGGGUAGUUAUCAGAGUAAUCUCAGCUUCCCAAAGUAAAUUUAAGCUACUUUACUUUGAACAAGAACCAAAUGGUGGCUAUGGAUUAGCUUUACAGGAAGAUAGUGAAAAGACUGGCAAGGCAACAUCUGCAGGGAUGUACUUUCUACACUUUCAGGUGUAUCGGAUGGAUUCAACAGUCAACGCGUUAGCAAUGGCUAAAGAUCCGGAGGCUGCUUUCUUCAAAAGAUUGGAAGGUCUACAACCUUGUGAAGUAUCUGAAUUAAAACCUGGAACCCACAUAUUUGCUGUUUAUGGCGAUAAUUUUUUUAAGCCAGCUACCUAUACCAUUGAAGCUAUGUGUGCAAAAUCCUAUGAAGAUACAACUGGGAGACUUAAAGAGGUUGAGGCUAAAAUUUUGGCAAAGAGAAAUGAUUUGCGCCAGUUUGAAAUAGAGUAUAGAAAAGCACUGGCACGCUUUCAAGAAGUGACAAACAAAUACAACCAAGAAAAGCAGUCUGUUGAUGAACUGCUGAAACAAAGAGAUACGAUACAUUCCUCAUUUACAACUGUGCGAACCAUGAUCAAUUCUAGUGGUGUUACUGGUAGCAGUAGCAAAAUCCCAAACGAUGAUAGUAGAUUGGAUAGCCCAGCAGAGGAUGGAAGUUUUGAUGGGAAAGAUAAAUCAAACAAAAAGAAAUGGUUUAAUCUCAACCUCAACCGUUCCGAUAAGAAGGGUUAAGCAUUUCAUCCCCCCAAUUGAUAAGUAUAGUGCAAUAUUCAUUUGUAAAUGUGCUACUGUUCAUUGAUUGCUCACAUAUGCAUCAUUACCCUCCUGAAGCCUGUGGAACACUCAUCAUUCAUGAGUCCUCUGUUUUUACUGGGCUAGUGUUAAAAGAGAUUUGCACUCGAAGUUUUUUGCUGGCUGUUGUAUCUGUUAAAGUAGUAAACUGGCUUCAGUGCGACUCAAUUACAUGCAUUUCGAAUACAAUGAGGUCCGUUUUCCAUUUA